UGGCACGUUGGCGUUUUUGACGUCAUACGUCCGAUGACGUGCCCGUAUCCGUGUGAAGAUGGCGGAAGUAGAGGAGUCAAGCAAGCGUAUGUUUGCAGGUUUGUCUGACAUCUCAAUCUCGGAGGACAUUCCAGUGGAGGGAGAUAUAUCUGUGCCGGUCCGCUCCCAGAACGCUGAUGAUGAUUUCUCAACACUGGAUGAGCCUGUCAAAGACACUAUUCUGAGAGAUCUGAGAGCCGUUGGACAGAAGUUUGUCCAUGUGUUGUACCCCAAGAAAAGUUCUGCACUACUCAAAGACUGGGACUUAUGGGGACCUCUCCUCCUGUGUGUCACUCUGGCCUUGAUGCUGCAGGGUGGUUCUGCUGACAGUGGGGACGAUGGCAGGCCACAGUUUGCAGAAGUCUUUGUCAUCAUCUGGUUCGGUUCUGUAAUCAUAACCCUCAACUCCAAACUCCUGGGAGGAACAAUAUCAUUUUUCCAGAGUCUGUGUGUGUUGGGAUACUGUAUUCUUCCUCUGACUGUGGCCAUGAUAGUUUGCCGUAUUGUUCUUCUGGGAUCUAUUAGCAGCAUCAGUUUUGUUGUCCGUCUCAUUGUUGUCACCGCCUCCUUCUGCUGGUCAACGUUUGCCUCCACAGCAUUUCUUGCAGACAGCCAACCGGCCAAUAGGAAAGCCCUGGUCGUGUAUCCAGUGUUCCUGUUCUACUUCGUAAUUGGCUGGAUGAUCCUGACAUUUUCGCCUUCUCCUUAGCACACAUAUACCAUAUGCCAAUUGCAAAAUGAAUUUCUCCCCUUCGAUAAGUAAACCAGCAGACUGUCAGGGAGCUGGCCUUUGAUUGGCCUGCCCUAGAAUGAGGCGGAGCAUUUUGAUGGACACUAAGGGGACAGUAAGGGGAUUAUUGCAUAGAUACCACACCCCCUCAUCCCUCAUUCACAGUUGGAUGAGAAGAGAGAAAAGGAAUGGAGGACACUAAUUCUUCAGUUAACAACAGCCUAUAUGUUUUCAUUAGAUGAAUGUUUUGUUGUGUGAGGAAUGUCAGUGCCCUUCUGAGCAGCUCCC